GCGAGCCAGAGAGGGUGAUGCUCUUCGCGUGCGCACCAAUUCACGUGAAUGAGCGCCUGCUCAAAAUAGAAUUAUCGGCAAUGUAUUUGGCCAACUAUCGUGGCCGAAUUGACACAAUCACAUAGGCAAAAAGUGUCACCCACCCUGUUUUGCAAGGAGACCGCUCAGUCGUUCCUUAGAUCGGUGGUUACCAGAAGUUUCCUGUCAUGUACUGUUUAUUUUGUCGUUUCCUUCGGUCGUCUGACGACGAGAUUCCCACUGUCUCUCUCUAUCUCCCUUCCUGCGAAACCACAAAGAAAGAGCUCUUGAUGUUUUUUUUUUCUUUCGACUUGUUUUUACUUUUAACUAAAAAGAAAUAGUGUUUUGGUGUUUUGGAAAAAAAAAAAUAUUGGGGCCAAGUCCCAGGGGCAGGGUCCGCUUUAUUCAUUCAUUGAUCUAGACGGUCGUCUGUGAUUGGAUAACGGUCCUCGCUACUACUACGAUAUGGAGGGGUCGUCGUCGUCGUUCUCUUCUCCGAGUUGUUGAGGAUUUGAUGUUCUUGCCAAACCAAAUUCUGAUUCUGUCCCCAAAAGUUCGCUUUCUUUGUCGGAAAAAAAAAGGGAAACGAUUUGACUUGUAUGAGGCUGAAUAAUUGAGCAAAAGAACAAGAGACGAUUGCGCGCGGGAGACAAGUGGUUAGCGCAAUGGCGGGAAGAGCGAAGGAGGGAAGAAGAUGAACAGAGGAUUGAGCGCGGGAGGGGUAAUUGAGCGCGGGAAGAACGAUGAACUGAAGAUGGACUAGCACAAGGCGAUCGGCGAUGGGAGGAAGUGUUUUUUUGUUUUGUUUUUGUGCUUUCAAGAAAUAGUAAAUAAAAAUAAACGAGAGGGGUGCAAGUAAAGAAAAGCGAAGGGAGAAAAAGAAAGCGAAAGGGGAACGAAAAAAGAGCGAAGGGCAAAGCAGUUAUGUGGAAGACUUGUGUACUUUCCCCCGUGCGGCCCUUCAAGACUCUGUCUAAUUGUAUUGAUGCGAUGGGUACGAGUGUUACGUCUAUCAGAUCUAGUCCUGUUUGUAGUCGAUUGAUUGAUUCUUCCGAUUUGAUUUCGAGCGUUUUGGAUUAAGGAAGAGGCUGCGUGGCGCAGCGUCGGUGUUUCAGUCAGGAGAAACCUGCUUCCCGAUCACACACACAGAGAGAGAGAGAGAGAGAGAGAGAGAGAGAGAGAGAGAGAGAGAGAGAGAGAGAGAGAGAGAGCUGCGCGACGCAGCGUCGGUGGCUCAGUCGGAAGAAACCUGCUGCGCACACAGAGAGAGAGAGAGAGAGAGAGAGAGAGAGAGAGAGAGAGAGAGAGAGAGAGAGAGAGAGAGAGAGAGAGAGAGAGAGAUGGAGGUAGUUGGUGAUGGGCGCAGACUGCGGGUUCGAAGGGGAAAAGGAGGGGAGGUAUUGCUCCCAUCUUCUUUGUGUUUAUGGGGGUUGUUACUGGGCGCCUUGAGUCUCUUACUCUGGGGAGCAGAAUGUGGCGCGUACUCUUACAGCUACGGCUAUGGUGGUGGCGAUGGCGGGGGCAGGCCGAUAGAUCUGAACCAAGUGAAGGCCUUAACCCUCCGUAAAGGAGAGUAUACAGCUGGACGGCGUCUUCCAGGGGUGCCGCAGCUUCAGUGUGUGGGAGGGUGCGACUACGAGCCAGAGGAUGACCGCGUGCUCGAGGGGAGUUGUGGGCUUUCCUACACUCUGAAACGAUUACCAGGUGGAGGAGGGAAAUAUAAUUCACGUGAACGGUAUGAGAGAACACAGAAGAAAUCAUGGGGCUUCGGAAAAUUGAUUGGCUUUGCGGUUUUCGCGUACUUUGGUCUACGAAUCUGGCAACUUUGUGCAAAGGCACGACAGCACAGAUCAGAUGAUUACCAGCCGUCAGCGCCUCCGUAUCCAGGCAACGGUUUCUCUGCCCCGGGCAGUGCCUUCCCCUCUCCUCCAUAUUAUGCGGCUCCUCAGCCGCCUCCCCAUGGCUACCCUGAUUCACAAGGGUAUGGCGCUUCUGUGCCAAGACCACCGGGUUCAGGCAUAGCGAGCAGUGGAAUUAGUUGGCCAAGUGCUUUCUCUGGGUUUGGCCUCGGCUAUCUGUUCGGAAGGAGCGGGCACGGGAACCCGACCGCAGGCGGAGGGUAUUCACAACCAUCACGGCGGAGGCCUUGGAACUCGAGCGACAACGGCUCACACAACAUCGCCGAGACGUGGCCCGAAGAGGAGAAGAGCCACCAGCGUCAUCAGGACUCCUUCCACACUUCCACUGCCUAUGCUUCCACUUCAAAGCGGUGAAGAUAACCCUAGCCGUCCCCGUGAGAUUUCCAACAUACCCGCCGUCCGUCUGUCCGAGUCCUGAUCUCUGACACCUGCCUAUGCUGCAGCUUGCUGCUGGAAUAUGUGUCACUGUGUUGUUUGCAAAAUACACCUCAGACUGCCGAAAAACAGAAGAGCAAGGGUAUCCUUUCCUUCUGCUCCAGAUCGGAGCCAUGAUUUCCAGAGUGAUUGUCUGCCUAUGGCAGACCUUCCUGUCUUUCAUGGGUCCAUUUGUGGGCUUGUGAGGGUGUAAACCUACAGUUGGGGAGCGGUGCAUCUGCUGUGGGCGGGUGAGGGUCUUAUUUGGUAUUCAUCACAACAAUUGCUGGCUUGUGAGGGUGUAAACCUACAGUCGGGGAGCGGUGCAUCUGCUGUGGGUGGGUGAGGGUCUUAUUUGGUAUUCAUCACAACAAUUGCUGGCUUGUGAGGGUGUAAAUCUACAGUAGUGGAGCGGUGCGUCAGCUGUCGGUGGAUGACGGUCUAAUUUGAUAUUCAUCACAACAAUUGCUGGCUUGUGAGGGUGUAAGCCUAUAGUUGUGGAGUGUUCCGUUUGUUGUGGGUGGGUGAGGGUCUAAUUUGAUUUUCUUCAUAGGUAUCCUAAAUGACUGUGGUUGUUGCCUACCUAUGGGUAUCAGUUGUGAGGCAAUGGUUGGUGGGUGCUCACCUGCAGCCGGGGUUAAAGGGAAGUAUUACACGCACUGUCAUCGUCAGCGGUCUCUGCAGAGUGUGUGCGAACUGUCGAGGGUUCGGCCUCUUGUUUGAGUUGGUGAAAGAUUCUUUCACAGAUCCCUAUUUCUUCUCCUUUCUUUUUCCUUCUCUGGGCAGGUCUUUGUGAUGAUGUACGGGGAGAGAGAGAGAGAGAGAGAGAGAGAGAGAGAGGUCAGACCUGUCUUAGCAGCUGGGACAUGUUUGGUGGGCAACGUUUCUAUUUUGGAGGCUAGGCUCCCGUGUUUGUGCGGUUGUAUAUAGGAGAGGAACGGAAUGGGCUCCCGUGUUUGUGUGGUUGUAUAUAGGAGAGGAACAGAAUGACAGAGUGGAAUGACAGAGUC